UCUCCAUGUCCUGUCUCGUGUGUCCUCCAUCUCUUUAUAAUAAUUCGAGUCUCCCUCUGUCUCUCUCUCUCUCUCUCCGUUUCUCUAUCGCAUCCCAAAGUUCUCACACAACAGUCAACAGACACAGUGAAGCUCAGUGCCUCUCUCUCUCUCUGCAGCUGCCUAGCUCAUCAAGCAGUCAAAACGAUCGCCGGCGGCGAGGAUCGGAGACGACGACGAUGAUGGUGGAUAGCAUGGACGCGGCGAGGAUCAUAGACUACUUCAAGGGCAAGUGCAUCCUCGUCACCGGCUCAACAGGCUUUCUUGGAAAGAUUCUUGUGGAGAAGAUCUUGCGAGUGCAGCCUGACGUCCACAAGAUUUACCUUGUUGUACGUGCGAUCGACGAGCCAUCUGCAAAGCAGCGCGUCCAGCAAGAGGUGAUAGACACGGAGCUGUUCGGCCUCCUGAGAGAGAAGCAUGGCAAGGGGUUCCAGCAGUUCGUGGACGACAAGGUUGUCGCUUUGGCCGGAGACAUCAUCUACGACGGCCUUGGCCUGGAGCCACCCAUGCUGCACGCGCUGGCCAACGACAUCGACGUCAUCGUCAACAUCGCAGCAACCACCAACUUCUACGAAAGAUACGAUGUGUCGCUGGAUGUGAACGUGAUGGGAGUGAAGCACCUGUGCACGUUCGCCAAGCAGUGCGCCAGGCUCAAGAUGCUGAUGCACGUCUCCACCGCGUUCGUGUCGGGCUUCAGGGAGGGCCUCAUCCUGGAGAGACCCAUCAAGCCGGGCGAGUCCCUGCGCGAGGGCACGUACCUGGACGUGGACACGGAGCUGCGCCUGGUCAAGGAGGUGAAGAAGUCGCUGGCCAUGGCGAACGCUGGCGACGGCGACGGCGACGCGCACACCGACGUCAAGAUGACGGAGCGGAAGGCGAUGAAGGAGCUGGGACUGCAGCGGGCGCGCCACUUCGGGUGGUCCAACACCUACGUCUUCACCAAGGCCAUGGGGGAGGUGGUCCUGGGCCAGCAGCUCCGCGCCGGCGUCGGCGCCGGCGCCGGCGACGGAGGCCGCGACAUCCCUGUGGUGGUGAUGCGGCCCAGCAUCAUCACCAGCGUGCGGGACGACCCGGUGCCCGGGUGGAUGCAGGGGACGCGCACCAUCGACAGCAUCAUCAUCGGGUACGCCAAGCAGAACCUGUCGUGCUUCCUCGCCGACCUGGGGCUCGUCAUGGACGUCAUCCCGGGGGACAUGGUGGUCAACGCCAUGAUGGCCGCCGUGGUGGCGCACUCCGGCGAGCGCGGCGCGCCGCAGGUGGUGUACCAUGUCACCUCGUCGCUGCGCAACCCGGCCACCUACGACGUGCUCUAUCAGUCUGGACGCCGCCAUUUCUACGAGAACCCGCGCGUCGGCAAGGAUGGCAGGGUCAUCCCUACCAGGGAGAUGUACUUCUUCAACACCAUCGCUAGGUUUCACCUCUACAUGAUCCUCACCUACAAGAUACCACUAGAGAUUCUGCACUUGGUGAAUCUGCUGCUGUGUGGGCUUUUCUCAAGGCUUUACAAUGACCUCAACCGCAAAUACAAGUUUGUGAUGCAUCUCGUUGACGUCUACGGCCCCUUCGCCUUCUUCAAAGGAUGCUUUGAUGACAUGAACUUGGAGCGGCUGAGGCUGACGAUGGCAAUGAAGACCCCUGAAGAUCAAAUGUUCAAUUUCGACCCUAAGACCGUCGACUGGAAUGAUUACUUCACCAAAAUCCACAUCCCUGGUGUUCUCAAGUAUUUGUGCAAGUGAAGCCUUCUUUCACAGUUUGCUGCUUCGUCACCUUCUUCCUAUAGAAAAUUAAUGGCUCCUGUUCUUUAUGAUGAAACCAAUAUUACUAUGUUUGUUGUACCUGUUCUGUGUUAUCAAGGAACAAAAUAAGUCGGCUAGGUUGAUAUAUAUAUAUAGUUGUAUUGGAGAGGCCCCAUAGUGAUCAUCAGACGUGUGUUCGUGUGUAUGUGUUAGGUGGCACCGUGGCAACCAAUAUAUAUCUUGAUUGCGAACUUCUGUAAUCUGUGUCAUCUGUACGUGUCAGUGACAAUGAAAAGGACCUGUAAUAUCUAUAUGUAAUGGCUGUGACGACAUUGCGAAAGGAAAACAAAUCAGAAAGUAGGGUUUUCUGAUCUGAACGUUGGAGAUA